AUGACCUCCAAGUUCACACUCACGACUCGCUCAUAUGUCAUCUACUGCGCCAGACACACUUCAUCAGGACGACAGACAACGGUGGUGGUGAAUCUGACAGGAGUGUCUGUGAUUGCGGUGCAGCAGGAUUUUGAGAGACGCGUCCACGUUGACAUGAUUGAUGCGAGGUGUGUUGUUACCACGACUUCAAAGGUGGCUACAUUGGAUAUAGCAACUCUUUCACUUGAGGAAUUAUCUACCCACGGUGUGGAGAGGGUUGGGAAGAUUUAG